AUGAAUAACGAUCUUAGCCUCUCGAGGGCUCUGGGUGGCCUACGCAUUGCAAACCCAGACGAUGCCACACCGGGCCCGUCUCAAGAAGCCGACGAAGACGUCAAUGUGCCCAUAUCAAACCAAAUCACUCCCGAUACCCGCCCCUCCGAGUCCGACUCCUAUACAGGACAGAGUAGACCUCAGACGGCAGAGAUGUCAACGGCUAUCUCCGGUAUGACAGUUGAUGCUCAGGCCCAAGCAUCUGCAUAUGCACAGAAUGGAGCGUCACCAUACGCGAACCCCUCUCCUUCCCGGCCUCCAUCUGGAUUAUAUAGUACUGCAACGGCAGCGGAACGGGAUCAAGCUGCAAACUCUUACCAUAUCCUGAGAACAGAACCGUCCAGGACGCCCGUGUAUCCGGGUAAGAUUGACUCGAGAACGCCUUCGGAGUAUGCGCCAAGUAUCCCUUCCCGCGAACCGAGUUACCGGGAGCGACCAUAUAAUCAGAACCGCCAGCUCCAAGCUGUGUCCAAUAGCAGCGAGGAGUGGAAAGAUAGGGGAGCCGCCGUUUCGAUACGGAAAGAAGUAGACUCCAACGGAAAAACUAUCAUGAGGCCAGUUAAGAAGGGCGUGCGAGACUUUGCCUUCGGCCGCGUUUUAGGGGAGGGUUCAUAUAGCACAGUAUAUUUCGCUACGGAUCGACAGACUCUUAAAGAGUAUGCUAUAAAGGUUCUCGAGAAGAAGCACAUCAUCAAGGAAAGAAAGAUAAAAUACGUCAACAUCGAAAAGGAUACCCUCAACCGUCUCACCGAACAUCCUGGUAUCGUACGACUCUACUACACCUUCCAAGAUGAAAAUUCCUUGUAUUACGUUUUGGAUCUCUGCAAUGGUGGUGAGCUCUUAGGUGUGUUGAAAAAGACAGGCACAUUCGAUGUAGAGUGUACGAGGUUCUUUGGGGCCCAGAUCCUAGAUGCCAUCGAAUAUAUGCACUCGCGUGGCGUCAUCCACAGGGAUUUGAAGCCCGAGAAUGUUCUCCUUGACGACCAACUACAUGUCAAAAUCACCGAUUUUGGGACAGCUAGGCUAUUGACCGAUCCGAGAGCACCGCAGGCUCCUCCUAGAAUCGAAGAUAUGGGGACCAGCUCUAGGAGUAAAGAUGAGGUUGACGAUAACCGUGCAGCAUCCUUCGUGGGUACGGCCGAAUAUGUCAGCCCCGAACUACUCACCAACAAAAAUGCGUGCAAGGCGAGUGAUUUAUGGGCGUUUGGCUGCAUUAUCUAUCAAUUACUAGCUGGUCGACCACCGUUCAAAGCUGGGUCAGAAUAUUUGACAUUCCAAAAGAUCGUCAACCUCGACUAUGAAUUUCCUGUAGGCUUUCCUCCUGCUGCGAGGGAUCUGAUUGAGCGUUGUUUAGUUCUAGAUCCAGCAAGGCGCCUUACGAUCGAACACAUCAAAAACCACGAAUUCUUCGAAGGUCAGCAGUUCGGUAAGGUCUUGUGGAAGACAAAGGCACCGCGACUGCGACCCGAUGAGGGUCAUAGGAAAUUCUCUCGGUUCUUUGGUGGUAGCACAACGAAGAAGAGGCAACGGCUAGUCAUGAUCACUUCUAGUGGGAGGAUUGUCCUGGCCCCGGCUGGAGGGGAAGAGAAAAAGACGAAAUUAGAGAUCUCGCUUUUGACGCCGGACUGCUCGUGGAAGAGCCAGGUGGACGCAAAGGGGCAGACUGUGUGGUGUGUUGAUUCGGCUGGCAUUCACUAUACCUUUGAAGAUGUCAAGCCACCUGCUUCACUCGAAGCGCCUCGUCCCACCGCGGACGAUUGGCUUGAGAGUUUACAGCAAGCCAGAGACAUUGCGAUAUCCUCUAACCGUAGCCGUUCGUAUACUAGCGACAACGCGUUCGGGGAGAUGUCGUCGUCGAUGUCCAGCCCAGCGAGUACUUUCGGUCCAGAAGGCUACAACAUCAAUGAUAGGUCUCAUCGCAAUCACCUGAGCAAGAGCCAGGCAAGCCUGGAGGAUGCAGCGAAUGCGAAACUCAAGAUGCAGACCGGCUACCGCCCUUACCCGCAGCAACAGGUGCCGCCGCAGCAGCAGCAGCAGCAGCAACAGCGUACCCCCCAUUCGGCCGGACAGCGACGAGGAGGCAUUGGUCCUAUGAUGUCGUCCGGUCCUCAUCAUCAAGUUCCCCUGACUCAGGCGCAAAUCGCCCAGCAGCAACAGGCCGCCGCCAUUCAGGUCGAGAUGGCUAAGCGGCGCAGCCGCAAGCCAACCGAUAAGAACCUUCCUGAUAACAUCGACGACUGUGCCGUCGGUGAUAUGGCGGUGAGAUAUCGAGAGCUUAGGGAUUUCGAGAGAAGACUCGAUGCAACUAUGACGAGAAAACGCCUCGAUAUUGUCGAUUCGGUAAAUCGAAGCGUCAAGCGCUGGAAGACGCUUCGGAUCUGGAUUACCAACACCGCAGAAGAUCAAGUCUGGCAAGGGAAUGGUCUUGUCGAUACCUUUGAUUUCAGUUCUAAUCUAGAGCCCACUUAUCGCAUUAAGAUUGAAGGACGAUUGUUGGAUGACGACGAUGAUCUCGACAAGGAUGAUGAUAGUGAAGAUAACACGGGUGAAUCCGACGACGCCGACCGCAUGGAGGAAGACACGAAACCGAAGGCGAAGUCUCCGAAAUAUAGGUUCUCUCAUUUCUUCAAGGCCUUGAGCGUAGAUUUUCCUAGCAAUCGGAAGGGCAUCGACCAGGUUGUCGAAUGGAAAAAGCCGGAGCGCGCUGGUCCUUCGUCGAGUCUUCCCGCUGCUGCCGAUUUCGACGAACUAACCUUCAAGCGUAGCGGAGACGAGAACCUUAAUAUUACGAUCAAUCUUUAUAGGCAUGAGGAGCCCGAGCGGUACGCGGUUAGCCAGGAGUUAGAAGACAUCGUUGACAUGUCAGAAGCUACACGACAGGAAAUAGUGAUGGGGAUUUGGGAAUACAUCAAGCUGAUGGGGCUGCAAGAGGACGAGGAGAAGCGCAAUUUCCGGUGUGAUGAUUUAUUAAGAAAAGCUUUUGGUAUCGAAACGGGGUCGAUUCCUAGGCUGCACGAAUACAUUACACCGCAUCUAAAACCUCUGCCACCGGUCAAGCUUCCCUACACCAUCCGACUGGACGAAGAGUUCCACAAAGACCCACAACCGACCGUCUACGAUGUUCGCGUCGCUGUAGAUGAUCCGUUACGCGAGAAGAUGUCUUCGUUCCUUAGCAACGCUGGUUACGCCAACAUGCUGAAGGAAGCUGCUUCCCUCGACGACCAGCUCGCUAUCAUAAUCCACGCGAUCCACGUGUCCAAGGCUAAGCAUGCCUUCCUAACGUCUCUUAGCGAGGACCCUGCUAUUUUCGUAAGGGACUGGCUGAGUUCGCAGAAGCGUGAUCUCGAUGUAAUUAUGGGAGAGUCGAUGAGAGGCACUGGUGAAGAUGCUACUGGAGACGAGUGGAGAAAGGGAGGCAAAGAUAGUAUCUGGUCUACCGUCAACGCUCGCGAAAGCGUCACGGUGAUGUUGUCCAAGCAGUCUGUCUUACCGCAGCGAUAG